UUCUCCUCAGCGUCUCCUCUGUACCCGGUAAACAUGGCGAUGGUGUCCGUCCUGUCCUCUGCUGAUAGAUUCAUACUCAGAUCUUUAUCCUCCACAGUCUACAGAGUCCACAGCUACAAGUCGUGUAGCUGUUAUUUCUCCACGUCGUCUCGGCGGCGCACUCGCUUUUACUCGGACGCUACAGAAGCAGUGAGAGAUAUUCCCGAUGGAGCAACAGUGCUGGUUGGAGGUUUCGGUCUGUGUGGAAUCCCGGAGAAUCUGAUAAACAGUCUGUUGAAGACGGGAGUGAAGAGGCUGACCGCCGUCAGUAAUAACGCCGGGGUGGAUGAGUUCGGACUCGGCCUCCUCCUGAAGACCAAGCAGAUCAAGCGGAUGAUUUCCUCCUAUGUGGGAGAGAACGUGGAGUUCGAGAGGCAGUACCUGUCCGGAGAGCUGGAGGUGGAGCUAACACCACAGGGGACCUUGGCAGAGCGGAUCAGGGCCGGAGGAGCAGGUAUCCCAGCAUUCUUCACUGCCACAGGUUACGGUACAUUGAUUCAGGAGGGGGGCUCUCCUAUUAAAUAUAACACAGACGGAAGCAUCGCCAUCGCCAGUGAACCACGAGAGGUGCGUGAGUUUGGUGGGAGACACUUUGUAAUGGAGAAGUCCAUCACAGGAGAUUUUGCUCUGGUUAAAGCCUGGAAAGCAGAUCGAGCAGGAAACGUUAUAUUCAGGAAAACAGCCCGGAACUUUAACCAGCCGAUGUGUAAAGCAGCCAAGAUGACCAUCGUAGAGGUGGAGGAGAUCGUGGACGUGGGGACGUUCGCCGAGGAGGACGUCCACAUCCCCAGCGUUUACGUACACCGCGUCGUCAAGGGCAACAGCUACGAAAAGCGCAUCGAGAAACGCACCAUUAAGAAAGCUCAGGCGGAGAAGCCCAAACCCAAGAAAGAUUCGGACAUCGUGAGGGAGCGGAUCAUUCGCAGAGCCGCGCUGGAGUUCCAGGACGGCAUGUACGCUAAUCUGGGGAUUGGAAUCCCGAUGCUGGCCAGUAACUUUAUCAAACCUGAUAUCAACGUCUACCUGCAGAGUGAGAACGGCAUUCUGGGAUUGGGACCGUAUCCUACAGAAGAAGAAGUGGAUGCUGAUCUAAUUAAUGCAGGAAAGGAAACGGUGACGGUGCUUCCCGGAGCUUCUUACUUCUCCAGCGAUGAAUCCUUCGCCAUGAUCAGAGGUGGCCACAUUAAUCUGACCAUGCUGGGAGCCAUGCAGGUGUCCAGGUACGGUGAUCUGGCCAACUGGAUGAUCCCGGGUAAGAUGGUGAAGGGAAUGGGAGGAGCCAUGGAUCUGGUAGCCAGCGCUGGCACUAAAGUGGUGGUCACAAUGGAACACUCCGCCAAGGGAGGGAAGCACAAGAUCCUGGAGAAGUGCUCGUUACCUCUAACAGGGAAGCAGUGUGUGGAUCGUAUCAUCACUGAGAAGGCCGUGUUUGAUGUGGAUAAGAACAAAGGCUUGAUCCUGAUCGAGGUGUGGGAGGGGCUGACACCUGAUGACAUCAGAAAAUGUACAGGCACUGAUUUUGAGGUUUCUCCCGAUUUGAAGCCGAUGCAGCAGAUCUGAAGAAGCCGGCGGCGCUGGUUGCUGAAGAGGGACGGAGUGAAGACGACGGGGUUGCUGUGUAGCGUCCAUGUUUAGGUUAGGAUGAGGGAGCGUGUAGUGAAUGUGCAGGUCAGUCAGAGAGGGUUUAAACCUCGACGCGAAUCAUCGAACCCCGAAUGAUUCGUUCUUUUUAUUAGACGUGCGUUUGAGCUGCCUUACAGGUACGAGCAGUAAAAUCUGGGACCACCUCACUGUCCAUGUUAUCAGCUCCACUUACCAUAUA